AUGCGGGGACUCCGCUCGAUCCCCAUCGUCGCGGGCCUCGGCUUGCUCCUCCUGCCGCAAGCCUUUGCCCAGGGCGAGACUAAGGUUCACGAGAAGGGUCGCUGCGCUAUUCGUGGCCAAUGUGGAAAGCAGUCAUUCUUCGGAGGGGAGCUACCUUGUCCUGACAAUGGACUUGCGAAGGAGCCAGAAGCGGCGGUGAGGAAGAAGCUGGUGAGCUUGUGUGGGAGUAAGUGGGAGGAAGGACCGGUCUGCUGUGAGGGUGAACAGGUCGACGCGCUGGCUAAGAACCUGAAACUCGCCGAGGGCAUUAUCGCAUCUUGUCCCGCAUGCAAGGAGAACUUCUUCAACACCUUUUGCACGUUCACCUGCUCGCCGGAUCAGUCGCUCUUUGUCAACGUCACGCAAACCGAGGAGAAAAGUCCUGGAAAAUACCUGGUGACGGAGUUGGACAACAUCUGGUCGGAAGAGUACCAAAGCGGAUUCUACGACAGCUGCAAAAAUGUGAAGAAUGGCGCGUCAGGCGGGAAAGCUAUCGAUUUCAUCGGUGGCGGGGCGAAGAACUACAGCCAAUUCGUGAAGUUUCUGGGAGACAAGAAGCUGCUGGGCAGCCCCUUCCAGAUUAACUACCACACCGAGCCGGUCGCGUCAGAUCCCCAGGGCAUGGAGGCGUUGCCCAUCAAACCGAAGGCGUGCAAUGAUGCCGACGAGGCGUUCCGCUGCUCUUGCGUGGACUGUCCGGCUGUCUGCCCGGAAUUACCGGCAGUGGAAACCGACGAUCAUUGCUAUGUGGGUCUUCUACCCUGUCUUUCGUUCUCGGUCAUCCUCAUCUACUCUGUGUUUUUGUUAUUCGUUGUCGCCCUCUCCGGCUACUUCACGUACAGAGAGCGACGCUACCGCAAGCCCGAACGGGUUCGACUCCUUCAAGACCCGACUCCAAGCGACGACGAAGACGAAGCUGAUAUUGUUCAUGCCGGCGGUUACCUCGAACAGCCAAGUGGUGUAUACAAAGUAAACACCGCUUUGGACAUCUUGUUUAAUCGCAUUGGCGGUGCGUGUGCUCGAUUUCCUGCGAUCACCAUUGUUUCCAGCAUUCUGGUAGUUGGCUUGUUGAGCCUCGGCUGGCUGAGGUUUUCCGUUGAGACGGACCCUGUACGACUCUGGGUCAGCCCCAGCUCGGCUGCUUACCAAGAGAAGGAAUACUUCGAUACCAAUUUUGGUCCUUUUUACCGGGCCGAACAGGCUUUCGUGGUCAACAGUACCGAGGACGGAGAUGGUCGCGUUCUCAAUUAUGAUACCUUGAGCUGGUGGUUUGAUGUCGAGUCUCGCGUUCGUCGGAUGAUUUCGCUGGAACGCGAGCUUAUAUUGGAUGAUGUAUGCUUCAAGCCCACGGGCGACGCUUGUGUAAUCCAAUCUCUGACAGGUUACUUUGGUGGGUCGGUAUCGAACCUCGACCCCGAUACUUGGGAGGAUCGGCUGAAGCAUUGCGCGGAGUCUCCCGGUGACGUGAGCUGCCUUCCAGAUUUCAGUCAGCCCCUCAGACCUGAGAUGCUGCUGGGUGGCUAUGAAGAAUCGGGAAAUGUCUUGGAUGCACAAGCCAUUGUUUCCACCUGGGUUGUGAACAAUUACGCCCAAGGCACCGAAGGCGAGGCAAACGCCAUUGACUGGGAAGAUAGCUUCAAGCGUAUUUUUGACGUGGUGCAAGAAGAAGCCAAGGAACGUGGUCUCCGCGUCUCUUUCAACACUGAAAUCAGCGUUGAGCAAGAACUCAAUAAGUCAACCAACACUGAUGCGAAGAUUAUUGUCAUCAGCUAUAUCAUUAUGUUUAUAUAUGCCUCUUUCGCCUUGGGCUCGGUUACUGUGACCUGGAGAUCCCUGCUUGUGAACCCUGCCAACGCCCUGGUCCAGUCGAAGUUCACAUUGGGCAUUGUCGGAAUCCUUAUCGUCUUGAUGUCUGUUUCUGCUUCAGUCGGCCUUUUCUCUGCUGCAGGGGUUAAAGUGACUUUGAUCAUCGCGGAGGUCAUCCCCUUCCUGGUUCUGGCUGUCGGAGUGGACAAUAUAUUCUUGAUAGUUCAUGAAUUUGAGCGCAUCAACAUCAGCCACCCGGAUGAGGAGAUUGAUGAGCGAAUUGCCCGGGCGGCGGGCCGGAUCGGCCCUAGUAUUUUUCUCUCAGCCAUCACGGAAACAUUUGCAUUCGCCCUUGGCGCCUUCGUUGGAAUGCCUGCUGUGAAAAACUUUGCCGUCUAUGCCGCGGGAGCUGUCUUUAUCAAUGCUCUUCUACAAAUCACCAUGUUUUUAUCUGUGCUCGCCUUGAACCAAAGACGGGUUGAGAGUCUUCGCGCGGAUUGCAUUCCAUGCUUGACCGUGCGCAAGGCACAUUCUGGCUUGACCGACGAUCAACUCUUCGACGACCAGGACGGAGAGGGCAUAUUGCAGAGGUUUAUCCGGCAGGUCUACGCACCGCAACUUUUCGGUCGCAGAAUCAAGGUGUUGAUUGUGAUCUUGUUCUUGGGAAUUCUGACGGCUGGCUUGGCUCUGAUUCCCGAGGUUGCGCUUGGGUUAGAUCAACGCAUUGCUCUUCCAAGCGACUCCUAUUUGAUCCAAUAUUUCAAUGAUUUGGAUGCCUAUUUCGGAAGCGGUCCUCCAGUUUAUUUUGUGACGCGAGAUGUCAACGUGACCGAACGAAGCCAUCAACAACAGCUCUGUGGGCGGUUUACCACCUGCGAGGAGUUUUCGCUCCCCUUCGUUCUGGAACAAGAAUCCAAACGGCCUGAAGUCUCUUACAUCUCUGGAUCGACUGCCAGCUGGAUUGAUGAUUUCUUCUACUGGCUCAACCCCCAACAGGACUGCUGUAAGGAGGGUGACAAGCUUUGUUUCGAAGACAGAAGCCAACCAUGGAACAUCUCUCUUUAUGGCAUGCCAGAGGGCGCCGAGUUUGUCUAUUACGUUGAGAAAUGGCUUGACUCCCCCACCGACGCCUCGUGUCCCUUGGGAGGAAAGGCGCCCUACAGUGAUGCCCUUGUCGUCGACCCCAAACGGGCCAUGACUAAUGCGAGCCAUUUUAGAACCUCGCACACGCCUCUCAGGAACCAGGAAGACUUCAUCAACUCCUACAAAGCUGCUCGUCGCAUCGCAGACGACAUUUCCAAGGAACAUGGCAUCGACGUAUUCCCAUACUCCAAAGCUUAUAUCUUCUUCGAUCAAUAUGUAUCGAUUGUGCAACUGACGGGCACACUCCUUGGUUUCGCAGUUGCCAUCAUAUUCGCCAUCACAUCUACGGUUCUAGGAUCCGCGGCCACGGGAGCGGUGGUCACGGUGACGGUCGUUAUGAUCGUGGUAGAUGUCAUCGGAUCCAUGGCCAUCGCCGGCGUGUCGUUGAACGCCGUGUCGCUGGUGAACUUGAUCAUCUGUGUUGGCAUCGGGGUGGAAUUUUGCGCGCAUAUUGCUCGCGCCUUCAUGUUCCCCUCCAAGGCUAUUCUGGAGAAGGCGCCCACCAAGUUCCGGGGCAAAGAUGCCCGAGCGUGGACGGCUCUGGUCAAUGUCGGUGGUAGUGUCUUCAGUGGUAUUACCGUCACCAAGCUGUUGGGCGUGUGCGUCCUGGCUUUUACUCGGAGUAAAAUCUUCGAGAUCUAUUACUUCCGAGUGUGGUUGGCGCUGAUCUUGUUUGCGGCGACCCAUGCGCUCAUCUUCCUACCGGUAGCGCUCAGCUACUUUGGCGGAGAGGGAUAUUCCGACCCUGGAUCCGACGGAGGUCUAGAAGAGAAUCUUGCGUCCCGGGGCUAUCGUUCCCUGCUGGUUGACGACGGAUACGAUUCCGAGGAAUACUAA